UUCUUGUUCCAUCAUUUUUUUUAAUCAUGCCUAUUAAUGCGAUUAACUUGCUUGUGCAGAGUGGCCCUGAUCUUACAACAGAAGAGACAUGGGGUGUAAACUACAGGGCUUUGGGUGAUUUAUUUCAUAUAUCAAAGGAAAGGUCUGAUUCCAUAAAAUAUGAAGUUUUCGUUCAGAUGAUUGAAAUAUAUAAUGAACAAGUGAGAGAUUUGCUAGUCAGUGAUGGCUCUAACAGAAGAUUAGACAUACGAAACAAUUCUCAAAUGAAUGGCAUCAAUGUGCCUGAUGCAUUUUUGGUUCCGGUUACCUGUACUCGAGAUGUUCUAGACUUGAUGAGAAUUGGUCAGAAGAACCGAGCCGUGGGUGCUACAGCUCUAAAUGAGAGAAGCAGUCGUUCCCAUAGUGUUUUGACUGUUCAUGUUAGAGGAAGGGAGUUAGUUUCCAACUCCAUUCUAAGAGGUUGUCUCCAUCUUGUGGAUUUGGCUGGAAGUGAGAGGGUUGACAAAUCUGAGGCAGUGGGUGAGAGACUAAAGGAAGCGCAACAUAUAAAUAGAUCACUUUCUGCACUUGGGGAUGUUAUCUCUGCCUUGGCACAGAAGAGUCCACAUAUCCCUUAUAGAAAUAGCAAGCUCACACAAGUGUUACAAGAUUCUUUAGGAGGGCAUGCAAAAACUUUGAUGUUUGUUCAUAUAAAUCCUGAACUUAAUGCUUUUGGGGAGACAAUUAGCACACUCAAAUUUGCUGAGAGGGUUUCAUCCAUUGAACUUGGGGCUGCUCAAUCUAACAAAGAAACUGGUGAAAUCCGAGAACUAAAGGAAGAGGUUUGCAUUUUAGUCACAAGUAGUGCAAUUUGNACAUUCAAAGUGUGCAUGAUGCAUGCAAAAGCAGUGUAUUAUUAG